AUGGACCUGGUAUUUUAUACAUUGCAGCAUGGUUUCUUUGGCAUGGAUUUUGAUCUCAUUUCCAAAAGCAUUGACAAAGCUAAAAGCUUGUUUGAAGAAGGUGGUGACUGGGAAAGGAAGAAUAGGCUGAAAGUGUAUGAAGGCCUCUACUGCAUAUCGACUCGAAAUUUUGAGAAGGCUGACACAUUGUUCCUGGAUUCUAUUUCAACCACUACCUAUGAACUUUUUCCCUAUGACACCUUUAUAUUUUACACUGUUUUGACAAGCAUCAUAACAUUGGAUAGAGUUUCAUUAAAGCAAAAGGUAGUGGAUGCUCCUGAGAUCUUGACAGUGAUUGAAAAAAUUCCACAUCUUAAAGAGUUUUUGGACUCCUUAUAUGGUUGUCAAUACAAGUCUUUCUUCUCAGCAUUUGGUGAGUAG